GUUACUUCUGUUUUAAUUUGUGCAAGAUGAAGAGAGCAGAGCUUGUGUUCAUCCCUGCCCCUGGAAUGGGUCACCUCGUAUCCUCACUCCAGUUUGCAAAACGUUUACUUGAUCGAGAAGACCGUUUUUCGAUCACGGUUCUCGUCAUUAACGCAGAGUUUGGACCCACCAACCAUGGGCUCGUACAGUCGAUUGCUGCCUCCGACACCCGUGUAAGAUUUAUUCAUCUUCCUCAGAUAGAUCCUCCCCCGAAAGAGCUUUUCUUUAGGUCUGUUGAGAAUUUUAUCACCGUUUUCAUAGAUAAAUACAGAAGUCAUGUCAAAGAAGCUAUCAUCAACCAUGUGUUAUCCGCUUCGGUUCCACUUGCCGGCAUGGUGGUCGAUUUGUUCUGCUCCUCCAUGAUUGAUGUGGCUCACGAGCUUCGUGUCCCGUCUUAUGUCUUCUUCACUGCUAGUGCUGCCAUUUUUGGCUUCAUUCUCUACCUUCCAACCCGGCAUGACCAGGUCCGCAUUGAGUUUAGGGAAACAGAUCCCGAGUCAGUCAUUCCGAGUUAUGUCAACCCUGUUCCUCCUGGUGCUUUGCCUUCAUUUGCGCUCAACAAGGAAGGUGGGUACAUCUCCAUGGUAAAUCAUGGUAGAAAGUACAAAGAGGCCGAUGGUAUUAUUAUCAACACGUUUUCUGAGCUGGAAUCUCAUGCGGUAAGCUCCUUUUUUAACGGAAUUAUACCUCCGAUUUACACAGUGGGACCGAUUAUUGACCUCGAGGCUAAGACGCCUUCAGGAGAUAAAGAGGCCAAGCAUGAGGAGAUAAUGAAGUGGCUUGAUGAUCAACCUCCAUCAUCAGUGGUUUUCUUAUGCUUUGGAAGCUUCGGAAGCUUUGGAGAACCCCAAUUGAAAGAGACUGCCCUUGGGCUCGAGCGGAGCGGCCACCGGUUUCUGUGGUCAGUACGUUUGACAUCUCAAGAUGAUAACUUAGCCAAACCUACUGAUGCCCAGAAUCUCGAGCAAAUCUUGCCACCAGGAUUCCUGGAAAGAACAAGAGGCAUUGGAAUGAUAUGUGGGUGGGCUCCGCAAGUGGAGGUCCUUGCCCACAAAGCUAUCGGAGGGUUUGUGUCCCAUUGUGGGUGGAACUCGAUCUUGGAGAGCCUGUGGCAUGGUGUACCUAUUGCUACUUGGCCACUUUAUGCGGAACAGCAAACCAAUGCAUUCCAGAUGGUGAGGGAUCUGGGGUUAGCAGUGGAGUUGAAAAUUGAUUACAGGCUUGGUAGUAGCAUGCUUGUGAUGGCCGACGAGAUAGAGAAGGCGGUGAGAUGUUUGAUGGAAGCUGAUAGCGAGGUGAGAAAGAGGGUCAAAGAGAUGAGUGAAAAAAGCAGAGAGGCUGUAAUUGAAGGUGGAUCUUCAUAUGCAUCACUUGGUCGGCUGAUUGAGGCUAUAAUGGCAAACAAUACAGUUCUGCGAGGAAGUGAGUGAAUUGCUGCAUGUUAAGGAGUUUCAAUGUUUGAAA